GCGGCCCCAGGCCCGUGGCCGCCUGGAGCAGCUCGGCGCUGGGGCAGGGGAGGCGAGGCGGCGGCGGCGGCGGCGGCGGGUUGUGCCCGGCCCCCCUCCUCCUCGCCUCCAGUCCCCGGGCGACUGCGGACUCCGGGCAGCCCCCGGGCGGCGGCCGACGCGGCCGAGCGGACGGCGGGGGAUGGCGAGAUAGCGGCACGGCCGCGGCCCGACUGACUGCUUUGCACGGAUGAUGAACCUUUCCUCAUGUUUCAGAAGACCCUCCUGGAUGGUAGAUAGUAAAAGAAUGGGGAUGACAUCACAUUUCCAGUGGCUCUUAUUAACAUUUAUUCUCCUAUACUUAAUGAACCAAGUAAAUAGCCAGAAAAAAGGGGCGCCUCGUGAUUUGAAGUGUGUAACUAACAAUUUGCGGGUGUGGGACUGUUCUUGGAAAGCACCCUCUGGAGCAGGCCACGGUACUGUUUAUGAAGUUUGCAUUGAGAACAGGUCUCAUUCUUGUUAUCAGUCAGAGAAGACAAAUACUAAGAUCCCUGCUCUUCCACCUGGUGAUCAUGAAAUAACAAUAAACCGUCUGUAUGAUUUUGGAAAUCUUAUAAGUAAAUUCACACUAAAUGAAAAAAAUGUUUCUUUAAUUCCGGACACUCCAGAGAUCUUGAAUUUGUCUGCUGAUUUCUCAACUUCCACAUUACACCUAAAGUGGAAUGACAGGGGUUCUGUUUUUCCACAUCACUUAAACGUCAUCUGGGAAAUUAAAAUUCUACGUAAAGAAAAUAAGGAAGUCAUAAAAUUAGUGACCCACAACACAACUGUGAAUGGUAAAGAUACAGUUCACCACUGGAGUUGGACCUCAGACAUGCCCUUGGAGUGCACCACUCAUUCUGUGGGAAUUAGGUGCUAUGUUGACGAUCUUCAUUUCUCUGGUCCCAAAGAGUGGAGUGACUGGAGCCCACUGAAGAACAUUUCUUGGUCACCUGAUUCCCAGACUAAGGUUUUUCCUCAAGACAAAGUGAUACUUGUAGGCUCUGAUAUAAUAUUUUGUUGUGUGACUAAAGAAAAAGUGUUAUCAGCACAGAUUGGCCAAACAAAUUGUCCCCUUAUCCAUCUUGAUGGGGAAAAUGUGGCGAUCAAGAUCCGUAAUAUUUCUGUUUCUGCUAAUAGUGGAACAAAUGUGGUUUUUACAACAGAAGAUAACAUAUUUGGGACUGUUAUUUUCGCAGGAUAUCCACCUGAUACUCCUCAAAAACUGAAUUGUGAGACCUCUGAUUUAAAAGAGAUUGUCUGUACUUGGAAUCCAGGAAGACCAACUGCAUUGGUGGGCCCACGCAAUACGAGUUAUACUUUAUUUGAAAGUUUUUCAGGGAAAUAUGUUAGAUUUAAAAGAGUUGAAGCACCAACAAAUGAAAGCUAUCAGUUAUUCUUUCAAAUGCAUCCAAAUCAAGAAAUAUAUAAUUUUACUUUGAAUGCUCGCAAUCCUCUGGGUCGAUCAGAAUCAACUAUUUUAGUUAACAUAACUGAAAAAGUCUGUCCUCGUAUUCCUACUUCAAUCAAAGUGAAGGAUAUUAAUUCAACAGCUGUUACACUUUCCUGGCAUUUACCAGGCAACUUUGCAAAGAUUAAACUUUUAUGUCAAAUUGAAAUUAACAAAACUAACUCAGUCCAAGAAUUGCGGAAUGUCACAAUCAAAGGAGUAGAAAAUUCAAGUUACCUUGUAGCUGUGGACAAGUUAAAUCCGUAUACCAUAUAUACUUUCCGGAUUCGCUGUUCUACUGAAACUUUCUGGAAAUGGAGCAAAUGGAGCAAUGAAAAAAAAUACUUAACCACAGAAGCCAUUCCUUCAAAGGGACCAGAUACGUGGAGAGAGUGGAGUUCCGAUGGAAAAAAUUUGAUAAUCUACUGGAAGCCUUUACCCAUUAAUGAAGCAAAUGGGAAAAUACUUUCCUAUAAUGUAUCCUGUUUGCUUGAUGAGGAGACACAGUCCCUUUCUGAGAUCCCUGAUCCUCAACACAAGGCAGAACUACAACUUGAUAAAAACGACUACAUCAUCAGUGUGGUGGCAAAAAAUUCUGUUGGCUCAUCGCCACCUUCUAAAAUAGCUAGCAUGGAAAUUCCAAACGAUGAUCUCAAAGUAGAGCAGGCUGUCGGAAUGGGAAAUGGAAUUCUCCUCACUUGGAAUUACGAUCCCAAUAUGACUUGUGACUAUGUUAUUAAAUGGUGUAACUCAUCUCGGUCUGAACCCUGCCUUAUGGACUGGAAAAAAGUCCCUUCAAACAGCACUGAAACUGUAAUAGAAUCUGAUCAGUUUCGACCUGGUGUAAGAUACAAUUUUUUUCUGUAUGGGUGCAGAAAUCAAGGAUAUCAGUUACUACGUUCUAUAAUUGGAUAUAUAGAAGAACUGGCUCCAAUUGUUGCGCCAAAUUUCACUGUUGAGGACACAUCUGCAGAUUCGAUACUAGUAAAAUGGGAAGAUAUUCCCGUGGAAGAGCUCAGAGGCUUUUUAAGAGGAUAUUUAUUUUACUUUGAAAAAGGAGAGAGAGACACAUCUAAAAUAAGGGGUUUGGAAUCCGGUCGGUCAGACAUAAAGAUUAAGAACAUUACUGACCUAUCCCAGAAGACACUGAGAAUUGCUGAUCUUCAGGGUAAAACAAGUUACCAUCUGGUCCUGCGAGCCUACACAGAUGGUGGCAUGGGCCCAGAGAAGAGCAUGUUUGUGGUGACGAAGGAAAAUUCUGUGGGGUUAAUAAUCGCCAUUCUCAUCCCAGUGGCCGUGGCUGUCAUUGUGGGAGUGGUCACGAGUAUCCUUUGCUAUCGGAAACGAGAAUGGAUCAAAGAAACCUUCUACCCUGAUAUUCCAAAUCCAGAGAAUUGUAAAGCUCUGCAGUUUCAGAAGAGUGUCUGUGAGGGAAACAGUGCUCUCAAAACAUUGGAAAUGAAUCCUUGUACCCCAAAUAAUGUUGAGGUUCUGGAAACUCGAUCAGUGGUUCCGAAAAUAGAAGACACGGAAAUAAUCUCUCCGGUAGCCGAGCGGCGGGAGGAGAGCUGUGAUGCAGACGCCGAGAACCACGUGGUCGUGUCCUACUGCCCCCCUGUCAUUGAGGAGGAAACGGCACAGCCGGGCGCCGAGGAGGCCGGAGGGACCUCUCAGGUCGUGUACAUAGAUAUCCAGUCUAUGUACCAGCCUCAGGCAAAACCAGAGGAAGAUCAAGACAGUGACCCUGUCGGGGGCGCCGGCUAUAAGCCCCAGAUGCACCUGCCGGUCCCUGCUACUGGGGCAGACCUCGGCGCGGAGGAUGACUUAGAUAAAACUGCCGGUUACAGACCUCAGGCAAAUGUCAAUAACUGGAACUUAGUGUCUCCAGACUCUCCCAGGUCCACAGACAGCACCAGUGAAACGGCCUCUUUCGGAAGCCCCUGCUCUGUUAACUCCAGGCAGUUUUUGAUCCCUCCUAAAGACGAAGACUCCCCAAAAUCGAAUGGGGGAGGGUGGUCCUUCACAAACUUCUUUCAGAACAAGCCCAAUGACUAACAGCGUCGCCGCGUCACUUCAGUCUGCCAUCUCAGUAAGCUCUCCGUUCCGGCGCUCCCGGGCCAGCACUGGGCAUCUUGGAGGGAUCCUGUGAAGUACUGUUGGCGAGGGGGACCUUCCCGCACGCAAGUCACACUCCCAAGUGUCCCUGUGCUUUCAGUGUAGUCUCACAGCCCAAGUAGAGUCACUCGGAUGCGGUCCAUGCAGCUC